AUGGUGACAACUAGUGAGCCUGCCACGCCUGAGACGAGCCUGGAUUGGCCGUUUGGCACGCCCAAUCAGGCUGCCAUCUCGCAAGCCAGGUCGGGCACACAAGGCACACUCUCACAGGCUGCAACCUCGCCAGCCAGGCCAGGAUCGCCAAGCACGCCCACUCGAGCUGCCACAACGCCAGCCAGGCCAGGCACGCCAGCUCCAGCAGUUGACAUGGCAUCCACGCCAGCCCCCCCACCCAUGCCAGCCAUGCCAGCUGUGCCAACAACGCCCGCCAACGAAGCUCAAGCCUCCUCCCGCCCCUCCAGCUCAUCCAGCCAGGAUAGUCUCAGAGGGCCAAGGUCCACCCCAAGCACAGUCCAACAGACGCCCCAGACGCCGGCAAACCAACUGUCUCCUUCCAUCUCUGAGGAGUCCAUCUAUCCCAGCCUGAGUAUGAAUGACCUAAUAUUGAUGAAGAAGAACCAAAACAAGAGAACAACUUUGGCCCUCAAGACUUCAUAA